UCUAACCCAUUUCAAUGUAGAUAAAUUAAGCGGAGAGUAGAUCUACCGUUUCCCAAUGCAAAGAAACUCACAUAACUUUGAAAAGAUAGCUGUGAAAGAUCAUUAGUUUCACACUAGCCUGUCACUAAGACAUUUGACCCUGUAUGUGUUUAUGUGAACAGAGUUGUUGAGGUCAUUGACUGUUCUUAUUGAAAACAAUUAGGUGUUACCGCUAACCGUUCAACUGUUCCUCACAGGUUCCUCUGCCAUGUCACAGCCAAUUACUGCAAGUUACGAAAAUGCCAGCAAAGUAGCAGACCACAUCAAGAAGCAAAUACGAAUAGUGCCAGAGAUAGGAAUAAUCUGUGGAAGUGGGCUUGGUAACUUGGCUGAUGGAAUAGAAGAUAAAACUGUCAUUCGAUAUGAAGACAUACCAAAUUUCCCUCGGACAAGCGUGGUCGGACAUGCGGGCAAUCUAGUUUUCGGUCAACUUGGAAAUCGUAAAGUGGUUGCCAUGCAAGGCAGGUUCCACAUGUAUGAGGGCUACUCUAAAGAACAAAUCGCUCUUCCUAUUCGCGUGUUGAAAUUUUUGGGAGUCAAAGUGCUUAUAGUAAGUAAUGCAUGUGGUGGUCUGAACAGAGGUUUCAAAUGUGGUGAUUUCAUGGUGAUAAAAGACCACAUAAGCCUACCCGGUCUAGCUCUGAAUAAUGUGCUGAUGGGAUCAAAUGAGGAGAAGUUUGGGCCCAGAUUCUUAGCAACCUCAAAUGCAUACAACUCCGAAAUUCGUAAAUUGGCCAUUCAAUUAUCUGAGAAAAUGAAUAUUCGUCAUUUGGUUCAUGAAGGUGUAUAUGCUUUUACUGGUGGUCCAACAUACGAAUCCCCUGCUGAAUGCAAAAUGCUGCUCGCGAUGGGUGCAGACGUGGCUGGCAUGAGUACGGUUCCAGAAGUGUUAAUUGCACGUCAUUGUGGAAUGACUGUCUUUGCUGUUUCAUUGGUUACAAAUGUGUGUAUUCUCGAUGUAGAGAGUAAGGCAAUAGCCAAUCAUGAGGAGGUUGUAGCUACUGCAAACAAAAGUGCUCAAAUUUUACAGUCAUGGAUUAAGGAAAUAAUAAACAAUGUUUCAAUUAAUAAUUAACUAACUAAUAGAGAGGAAAAUAAGUGAUGACAGUUUCACUCAUCCCCUGCGACAAAUCAAUUUCAUCUACUUACUGCCUGCAUGCAUUCUGUUUGAAUGAUUCUUAUGUUGUUGUAUCCUACCUAACAUAAAACACAAUGAUUGUGCUGCUACAGAUGCUGUAUCUUAUGACUAUCUCCAACAUCUUCACAGUUAUACGAAAAAACACACAAAUGAAGCCAACAUGAUACCAAAAUUUCGCCAAUAUUUUUCUUGGAUUUGUGUGAAUUUUAUUUUUAUUCUGUACUAC